UACCAAUUAAUAUUAAUUACAAUACAUUUAAUUUAUUUUCAUAACUAAAUAUAAUUUCACUCCAAGACAAAAUAGAGUAUAAGUGAAAAUCAACUUCAUUAUGAAGUUAAUCAAAAAAUAUGGAGUAAUACAAUGUGUUAAAUGUAAAAUAUCACCAAUAAUAAUAGUAAUAAUGAAUAAGAAUACAUAAAUUUUACCAAAUAUAAUUGAUAAGAGAUUUGAUUAUCAAUGCACAAUAUAGAUAAUAUAUGACAAUUGUUUUGUUUUAUAUGUUUUAUUUAUUUUAGUUUUAAUUUUUAUAUUUUAUAUUAUAAUGUAAUGUUUUACCAAUUAAUAUUAAUUACAAUACAUUUAAUUUAUUUUCAUAACUAAAUAUAAUUUCUUAUUAUUUACGAUCAGUAACAAAGACAUACAAGUUUUCAAAACUAUAUUUGAAAUUGCAGUUCUAGAAAAAGAAUUCACAGUUUAGCGAACUUUAAAACAUUUUUGGAAAGACCACCAACUAAAAUCUUGUUAACUAUUCUCCGGCGUUUGCUGGUGUCGGAGGAACCUCUCCCUUCCUUUUUAUCACUAUCUAUUUGUUUUUUUUCUUUCUCUUUUGCCGAUAUGCAAAUUCUUCUGGUUUCGUCUGGAUACAACUUUAGAACCGAUAGUAGUUUGACAGAGUCAGUCAUUGGCCUUCUAUGGAACGGUAGUUGUGGAGAAAGUUGGAUUUUAGGGUGAAGAACUGUCAGAUAUAGUUUUCCAUUUCAAGAUCUUCUACAUCUCCUUAUUCGAAGACGGAAGGUGUUGCUAUUAGAUGCCUCGUCCACCUCAGAUGUCUCUCUCUUCUCAACUGUGAGAAAUCCGGAGGUAUUGGCAACCAGUAGAAAGUGAUUGUCUUCCGUAGACAACAUGUACGGGUAAUGCAACGACAGAAUAGCCAAUCGGAGGAAUGAACCUCGAAGAUGUACGUAUAGCAGAGCUGUGCAUACUAGCACUGGCUUUGAAGCUUUGGCAUGUCCAAAGAUACGUACUCCACACUUUUGAAAACUAUAAUUUGUUGGAGUCGUGGAAUUUGUUCAUUUAGCUGAAAAUACAAUGAUAGCGUUUAGGUAACGUUAGAAUCCAAUUUAGUGAUUCCGGCUGAUACUAGAUCAUAUAUUAUACUUGUUGUAUAAUCUUUGUUGAGGUUAAAGCUUGCACCAAAAUUAAUGGUGAAAUGAAUGUGAAGUUAAACCAAGAAAAGAAAUAAAACAUUUUUGGAAAUGGCUCAAAGACUUCUUAGAGAUGCUCUCGUGUCAGCGGUUAUUGUUGAUAACCGGAAAAUGUCAAAGAACCGGGUGUAAGUUUGGAAUCUUGUCGGUUAUUGAUCCGGUUUAUCAUCCCUGCGAUCUAUUUCCGUAAUCGACCUGGUUUUGAUCUCCAUAACUAGUAGAGAGAGUUUGAAGAUCCCAAACGGGAAGGAAAGAUAUGGAAAAACCAAGAAAUCUUUUAAGGGUUUCUUCUCUUUUAAUGGCGUUUUUGUUUGCUUAUUCUGCAUCUGUCCAGCUUAAUGAUUCUGAUUGGUAUCUUUGGUCUCUGUACGCACUAGCUUCUGCAGUUAAUCUGAUAAACUCCAGAAGAAUAUGUAAAUCAAGAGGAGUUAGACAGAUGACGAGAAUAGCUCUUAGCUUGGGUUUGUUCUUGUUUGUUAAAGUCAUUACAGAGGAUGUCAUAACAGAAAGAGUUGGAAUCUUGUCUUUGGAUCUCACUCACAGAGUUGUAAGAGAGAAGAUCGGAAGUGGUUUGGUGAUAGCUUCUAUGGUUCUGCAAGUACAAGCUUCUUAUUCAAAUCCAAAAGAGAAGUUCGUUGACUUUGGGAUGGCUGCAACUGUAGUCUUUGGUUAUGGACUUCCCUUUUGGUUCUUCACAAUAGAGAAUGGAGAAAUCAAGAUUUGACUCCUUUUCUUGUUUAUAUUCAUUUGCUGGGUGCAAAUCAGAGCUUUUAUUCAUUUUGCUGAUCGUAUAGACUGGUCUCAAAUUGUUAAUUUAUAUCUCUAGAAAUUCUAACUA